UUUUUUUAUUUUUAUUUUAUAUAUUGAACCUUCCUUUUGGCAUGCAAGCAUGGCAUUGACUCUUGAAUGCUUAUUGAAAGACCCAAGCUCAUCCAGGUUCCAAGAUUUUUCCAGAUAUUUACAACAACAAUAUUCGACGGAGAAUCUCUUAUUUUGGCUUGCGGUGCAACAAUACAAAGCAGCUUAUGAUGAGAGUAAUGGAAAAUCGAUGCAUCAACAAUGUCUUGUUAUUAUUUAUACUCAUAUUCAACCCAAUGCUGUAUGCGAAAUCAAUAUUCCUUGUGAUAUGCGUUUGGCCAUCUUAGAUAAAGUCCUCCUUCAAGGUCAUAUUCAUCCUGAUCUGUUUCUACCUGCGUCUGAAGCUGUGUUGGAAUUGAUGCGUGAAAAUGCUUUUAAUCCUUGGUUGGCCCAAUCCAAUCAUACUAUGGUAUCUUCUUUCUCUUCUCCUCAAGGUUGGUCUUCUCAUCGACCUAGUGUCUCUUCUUUUCGCUCCACAAAUGAUUUUGGUUUGCCUUCAAAACGUCGGUAUCCUUCUCUAUGGAAACGUAUGAAGAAUUCCUUUUUCCGUUCUGCUUCUCAUCGUCGGUCUUCUCUUUCUUGUUCCUCUGGCAAUUCAUAGAAACAAAUGAUUCCCCCUUCCUUCUUUUUUUGUGUAUUUUUUUUUUUUUU